AGAGAGAGAGAGAGAGAGAGAGGUGGGUUUAUCCUUCUGGUGGCAGAGACCGCUUAAACCUCCCGCUUCCUCGUCAAUCUUCAGGUGAACCAAUUCGCCCCUUGCCCAGUAUCUUAAGGAGAAAACGAAGGGAAGAUCAAGAAAAUGGCAGUCUUGCUUCCAUCCAUUUCUCUAUCAUCAAGACCGAUGAACAACCAGAAUGAAGCUAACCCUUUGUCAAGAUUUCAGCUUUUCACUGGACUUGAUAUGGGAAGAAAGAAGGAUAAGCAUAACAAGAAAGAUUUAUACUUGGUACGCGGUAGUGAAGCAGUUAUUCAGAAGACUGCGAAAAUACAAGGGAGAAAUUCAAGAAAGGGUGAUAGAGGUUUGAUUUUGAGUGAAGGAAGAGAUGAGGAUGAGAGUUAUGGGCUUAUAUGCCCUGGUUGUGGAGUGUUCAUGCAAGAUAAAAACCCGAAUCUUCCAGGAUAUUUUCAGAACCGAAAAGUUGAAGUGGCAGAAGAGGUAGAUACUGUGGAGGAUUUCUUGGCUGGAGAAUUUGAUGAUUCUGAGGACUUUGAAGAAGAUGAUGAGGAUGACAUUGAGGGAAAAUUGGAACAAGUUGAUGAGAGUGGGAUUGAUUGGGACUCAGACGAAUGGGAAUUAGAGUUUGGUGAUGAAGAUGAUCAUUUGAAAGAGUUGGAUGGAUUUACUCCUGCUGGUGUUGGGUACGGUAACAUUACGGAGGAGACACUAGAGAAGGGAAAAAAGAAGAGGGUCUCGAAGGCAGAGAGAAAAAGAAUUGCUAGGGAGGCUCAAAGAGAGAAGGAGGAGGUCACAGUUUGUGCUAGAUGUCACUCGCUUAGGAACUAUGGGCAAGUCAAGAAUCUAGUUGCUGAGAAUUUGAUACCUGAUUUUGAUUUUGAUCGAUUGAUUAGCACGAGAUUGAUGAAACCCACAGGGAAUGCUGAUUCGACAGUUGUCGUUAUGGUUGUUGACUGUGUUGAUUUUGAUGGGUCGUUUCCUAAACGUGCAGCCAAGUCCCUGUUCAAAGCACUGGCAGAAGGUAAAGAUGGUUCAAAGCUUAAUAAAAAGUUGCCGAAGCUUGUUCUUGUUGCUACAAAGGUUGAUCUUCUUCCUUCCCAGAUUUCACCUGCAAGGCUAGAUAGAUGGGUUCGGCACCGUGCUAAGGCAAAUGGGGCACCUAAGCUAAGUGGGGUGUAUAUGGUUAGUGCUAGGAAAGAUUUGGGUGUGAGGAACUUGCUAGCAUUCAUCAAAGACUUGGCUGGGCCAAGAGGGAACGUUUGGGUCAUUGGGGCUCAAAAUGCGGGGAAGUCGACGUUGAUCAAUGCAUUUUCUAAGAAAGAAGGGGUAAAGGUUGCAAAGCUAACAGAAGCUCCUAUUCCUGGAACAACACUUGGGAUACUAAGAAUUGGAGGGAUUUUGCCUGCUAAGGCAAAGAUGUAUGAUACUCCUGGCCUUCUACACCCAUACUUAAUGUCCAUGAGAUUGAAUAGGGAUGAGCAGAAAAUGGUUGAGUUGCGGAAAGAGCUUCAACCUCGAUCUUUUAGGAUAAAGGCUGGUCAAGCUAUACAUGUUGGUAGCUUAGUUCGACUGGAUCUUGAUCAGGCCUCUGUGGAGACUAUAUACGUCACAGUUUGGGCAUCGGCAAGUGUUUCCCUUCAUCUGGGAAAGAUAGAAAAUGCUGAUGAAAUAAAGAGCAAACAUGCUGGAAUUAGAUUGCAGCCACCUGUUGGUACAGGCCGAGUUUCUGAAUUGGGCGAAUGGGUGAAAAGAGAUGUCAAAGCAUCUGGAACAAGCUGGGACGUGAACAGUAUUGAUGUUGCGGUGGCGGGCUUGGGUUGGUUCUCUCUAGGUUUGAAAGGCGAAGCAAACUUAACCUUGUGGACGUAUGAUGGCGUCCAGAUCACUCUGCGGGAACCUCUAGUGCUCGAUCGGGCACCAUUUCUCGAGCGGCCCGGAUUUUGGCUGCCAAAGGCUAUAUCUGAUGCUAUUGGGAAUCAGAGUAAGCUUGAAGCACAAACAAGGAGAAAGGGUGGAGACGAAAGUACGGACGUGCUUUCUGAAGUAGCCACUUGACAAGGCGGCGUAAGUACAACAAGACUGAGAAUACUACUUUCUUCGAGUACAUGAUGAGUUUUCACUUCUGACCUGCUGCAGAAAUCUGCAGCUCCAACAGCACAAUCAGCACUUUUUUUUCACAACUUUGGCCAGAAUGAGUUGCCAAAUCAUUUGACAGAUUGUGAACGUUUCAGAAAAUAUGAAAAGAUCGUAAACACAAGGUUGAAAGACUUGCGUGGUUCCAAGAAUUCUCCUGCGCCAACAGUAGCUUAAAAGAAGUUUCUAUCAGAAUAGUUUUUUUUUGUGUGAAUUAGAGUUGAAGAACACUCUUCAAACUAUUUAUAUUAUGGCACCUGUAAAGCAUCCUAAAUUUACAAUAGAACGCAUGGAUUUGUUAAGGUCUCUA